GAAAACACUUGUUUUUAAUAAGCCAGAAAAUUGGCUUAAAACACCUAUCAUCAAGGAGAAAAACUAAAAGAGUGAAAAAAAGAACAGAAGGCCUAAAACAAAAGGAAAGCAUACCAAUGCUUGUAGAUAACAAUUUAAGCAUCAGAUUGCAGCAAACAAUUAACCACAGUAUAAACACAUCUAAAUGAUAAAUUAAAUCUUUUUAGUAUAGUGUUUAACAUUCUCAGGAAAAGAAAACAUUAAUAAGUUCGGUUGAAGAGAUAAAUUACAACCGAUACUCCAAACUUUUAAUGCUCUAAACCCACAACACUUUUAAUACUCCUAGGAUAGCAUUUGAUUAUUGCUUCGAAAUAAAAACAAAGGGGACAAAUGAGGCAUGCAUCUCUUAUAUUUCAUGUUUUAAAAUUAUAUAAACGUAUUUUAAAACUAUCUUAUAGAUGGAUUUAUUUUCAAAGUAAAAGAAAUUAUUUUUUUAAUGCUACCCUAUGAAAGAAAUUACAACACUUUUAAGGCGAGUCAUUUGUCCUCUAUGAUGGCCAAGAAAAGGAAGAAAUUAGUAUUUUGAUUGCAUCUAUUAUCUACUACGAGGAUUGAAGAUCAGUGUAAUAUUGAUGACUUCCAGACAUGCUUCACAACUAUAUAUUUUUAGACACUUCAAUUGAAGUUAGUAUAAGCUGCCUAUGAAUUUGAACACAGUUAACAAUAUUGGAGGCAGCAUGAUCCUGCCAAGACUAAAGACUACAAUUACUGUCAACUCAAAUAUUAAAUAAUCAAAAAUCAUUUCCUUUAGGUUAUAUUUUUUGUUUUGUACCAUAAAAACACAUUUAGAUAGUUGAAAAAAUAUUUAGCCAUAUAUCAUAGCAGACUGCACGGUACACUACUACCCGGCCAUCUAAAUCAUAUGCAAUUUGCCGGUUGAUCUAAGCAUGGGAGGUGUCUUCAUCUUCCUAAACAAGGGCAUAUAGAUUCAUAAAGCAAUCAAACAGGAACAUUAGCAUACUAUAUAUAGAGGUUUGCUGCGUAUGUGCAGCUCAUUCAUUUCUAGUUCACACAGAUUAACUACAUCAUUUAGAUAAACCAUGGUUUCGAUAUGCAAAAGGCAAUGUUUCUUCGCAUUCAUCCUCAUCUUGGGAACGUGGGCUUAUGAAGUAGCAUCUCGGGAGCUCCAAGAGCCAUCCAUGUCUGCCAGGCAUGAGCAAUGGAUGGAAACUUAUGGAAAGGUCUAUGCAGAUGCUGCAGAGAAAGAAAGACGGUUCGAGAUAUUCAAGGACAAUGUUGAAUACAUAGAAUCAUUCAAUACUGCUGGAAACAAACCGUAUAAGCUAAGUGUUAAUAAAUUUGCAGACCUAACCAAUGAAGAGCUCAAGGUCGCCCGUAAUGGUUAUAGGAGGCCACUUCAGACACGGCCAAUGAAAGUAACAUCAUUCAAGUAUGAAAAUGUUACUGCUGUUCCUGCUACCAUGGACUGGAGAAAGAAAGGUGCGGUUACUCCUAUCAAGGACCAAGGCCAGUGUGGCAGCUGCUGGGCCUUUUCCACUGUAGCAGCUACCGAGGGCAUCAAUCAACUCACCACAGGUAAAUUGGUCUCCCUAUCUGAGCAAGAGCUUGUAGACUGCGACACCCAGGGUGAGGAUCAAGGAUGUGAGGGUGGUCUCAUGGAAGAUGGUUUUGAAUUCAUAAUCAAGAACCAUGGCAUCACAACUGAAGCUAACUACCCUUACCAGGCAGCUGAUGGGACUUGCAACUCAAGAAAGGAGGCAUCCCGCAUAGCCAAGAUAACUGGCUAUGAAAGUGUUCCGGCUAACAGUGAGGCAGCAUUGUUGAAGGCUGUGGCCAGUCAGCCAAUUUCUGUUUCCAUUGAUGCAGGAGGCUCUGACUUUCAAUUCUAUUCAAGUGGUGUUUUCACAGGACAGUGUGGAACUGAGUUGGACCACGGUGUUACAGCAGUUGGCUAUGGAGAAACCAGUGACGGUACCAAAUAUUGGCUUGUGAAGAAUUCAUGGGGCACUAGCUGGGGCGAGGAAGGAUACAUAAGGAUGCAGAGAGACACAGAAGCCGAAGAAGGUCUCUGUGGCAUAGCGAUGGACUCUUCUUAUCCAACUGCCUAAAUAUAUAGCUAUGGUCUAGAUCUGUGGCACACUCCUUGUGAACAUGUUUAUCCUCUAGCGUGCAAAAAUUCUCUGUAAAAUCUGUGAUGUGUGAAUGAAUAUUUUACAAAUAUUGUC